CCCCCCCCCUCCUCAGCUAAGAGAUCAAAAUAUAAGCGAUCCUCUCCAAGAAAAUCAUUAGAGCUCCAGUCUGUAUCUAAGCCAGACGAUCCCAACACACCAAGGAAGAUGUGGAAACUGAGCGUGUUGCUAAUUCUUGUAGCCGUAGAGGUCACCUGGGCAGGGCCUGGAGCACUGGAUAAGAUGGACACCUGCUGCUUCUCGUUUGCUGCAAACCCUGUUAACCACAAAAAAAUACAGAGCUUCUACAGGACACCUAGUUCCUGCCGAAGACCAGGAGUAGUGUUCAAGACUCUUGCAAACUUCUCAUUUUGUAUGGAUCCCUCCAAAAAAAACACAAAGCGCGUGAUACAAAUACUGCAACACAGACAAAAGGCAGCAGAAAUGCUGAAGCGCUUGUGAACGUCAAGCUAUUUUGUGUCUGUUCACCUGGGGGUGCAUUCACAUGGACGCAUUUUGCACCUAAAAUGUUAUCUUGGAUGUUUUGGGUUUGGAGGAUGAACAUGGUACUUUACUAUUUUAAUGUAUACAAAUGUAUUGCUUUUAUUCGUUAUACAUGAGUCAUGCCCUGAAUCUUUUGGGUUAAAGUUUUAUGUGUUAUUCGUAUACAGUUACAAAUAAAUACAUAGAUUAUAUCUUGCAGAA